GAAUCUGGACAACGAACAGAAAAUAAACCUUCUCUCCCGCUGUAGAGGCUUAUGAAACAACUGGAGACGCAAAUCGAGGUCACUCUACGCGAGCACUUCCUCUUAGUUGUCAACAGCGAGGGUGAAGGGGCAGUGGGUUCAGUUAGCCAACACCAUACAGCAGUAAACGGCACAGGAAUUAACCGCGAAACAGUUGGCUGAACGAAUAUUAUUUGCAGUAUAGUGUGGCACGCAUAACUAAGUUUAGUUCACAGGGGUACGCACAGCAUGCACUCUGGAUGGUCCAUUUGUUUGUCCUACAGCCAAGUACACUGUAUGUGACUAAGAUUUGAAGGCAGAUGCGGACUGAGUGAAAACCCUGUCAUCAAUCCCCCAGUACAUCCAUGUGUAUAAUUUUCUUCAAGUUUGACCCCCGGCCUGCAUCCAAAAAUGCCUACAGGCUAAUUUUGGCUGCAAAUAGAGAUGAGUUCUACAACAGGCCAUCCAAAGCUGCAGACUUCUGGGGGACUAACAGUGAGAUCCUUAGCGGCCUGGACCUGGAGUAUGGCAAGGAAGGAGGAUCAUGGCUGGGGAUCAGCAAGAGAGGCAAGCUGGCUGCAGUCACCAACUACAUGGAAGGACGUCCCAACCCUGAUGCACAAGGAAGAGGAUUUCUAGUGUCAAACUACCUUAUGGACAAGGAUCUGGACAGUUACUCCUACCUGAAGAAGGUGUCAACAGAAGGCCACCUGUACAACGGCUUCAACCUCAUCACAGCAGAGUUCAAAGCCAAACAGGACAUUGUGUGUUACUAUGGAAACAGAGGCAGCCCUGAACCCAUCCAUCUAAAAGCAGCAGGAAUCUAUGGCUUGAGUAAUUCACUCCUGGACACUCCAUGGAAGAAAAUGCUGCAAGGCAAGCGCCACUUCACCACCAUUGUCAACGACCAGUCCCUGUCCUGUGAUGGACUGGUGCAAGAGCUGCUCAGUGUCCUCAACAAUGAGGAACUGAACACACCUGAUCCAGCCCAGGAGAGCCAGGGCGAUGGCUACAGUAAGCCCAUGAUCCAGGCUCUGUCGGCGGUGUGUGUUCGCUUACCUCAUUACGGCACAAGGACCAAUACAGUAAUCCUGAUAGACGCAGAAGGGAACGUGACCUUUACAGAGCGCACCAUGCUCAACUGUGACACAAGCAAAUGGAGCACCAGUUCUUUCCAGUUCAAACUGAAGGGGUGAAGACGUGACAGAGGAAACACACUCUGUGCCUUUCUCUAACACCUUUCUUUCCGUCACCACCCAGUCCCCCGCAUCCAGCUGCAGCUAUGUGAACAUGAAGACUCAUCUGCACUUUUUCUUCAGCUAGUCGGCGCUAGCAGCCUCAUUGGCAUCAGUGAUGUGUAUUUCUUAUUCUUGAUUUAAGUUAAAAUGGAUCUUUUGAAACAUAUGAACUAAUUUAAAACAUUGCCAAAGAACAUUUAUAAUUUUGUAGAGGAAAAUAUGUCACCAAACAGCAGGGUUGGUUUGUUUGAAAAAUUGUAAUCCAUUACAGAUUGCAGGUUACCUGCUUUGAACUAACUGCAAUCAGUACUGUUGUUCACAAGAUUAUCUUAAUGCAAUCUAAUUUAUUCUUGUUGGUGUCAAAUUUGUACCUUUAAAUCCACAAUAUAGAGUGAAUAUACACUUUAUGCACAAUUUCCAGACUGCAAUUUGAAAUAACGUUUAAAAAAAUAUAUUCUUAUGUAAAAAAUGUUGCAUAUUAUUUUCCAUUUUACACGCUGAGAAUUCAUAAGGUCACCAAUGUUUUUCUAGAGAAUGUGUCACAGGUCGCAGGUAAUUUGUUUUGCCCCAACCCCGCACAACUCUAGUCUUAGUGUUGGUUACAGCAGCCAUUUCAGUAUUGAAUGCAAGUAGUUUCAGGCAAUGAAUCUCUGACUGCUUCCAUGGUAGAAUAAUGCAUUUUACAGCUGUUUAACAAUAAAAACAAUUUAUCCUAACAUUCAAAUUUGGCUUACCAUAUAAUGAUUGUUGACAAUGCACAAACUCACUGUGAGGAACCCAAUUUAUUGUAGUAACCACACAUGUUCAUGCACCUCUCUGAUUUCUGCAUUUUACUCUGUUUUUAAAAAAAAAAAAAAAGCUGGCUUUUCCUUUUACCAGAUCUAUUUUACUUCUGCUUCCUGCGUUUCAUACCAACACAUGUAACAUGUUAUACAGGGGAUUGGAUGCUAAUCCAACAAGAAAAACAUCACACUUACUAGCCUGAAAAAAACUUUUAAGCUGUUUAUAACCUCAAACAAGAGAAUGCUAUGUGCAAAUAUUUACCUCCGCCAAGGAGGCUAUGCAAUCACCCAUGUCUGUUGGUUUGUUUGUUUUGUAGUCAGAUAACGCAAAAAAGUGCUGAACUGACUUACACCAAACUUGGUGGAAGGAUGGGGGCCAGGGAAGAACCCAUUAAACCCAUUUCAUUCCUGGGCAAUUUCGGAUCAUUUACUAUGAAUUUGA